GCUGCCCCGGUGCUGAGCUCAGCCGCACUGUGCCAAUGGCUGCCGCCGCGCCGGGGCCGCCUCCCGCCGCUGCCCUAUUUAACGGCAGCGCCGAGCCGGAGGCUCAGACUGAGCCCAGCACAACCCAGCGCGGAGUCGCCGCCGUUACCGGGACCCUUCCGCCUCGCCGGAGCCCAGCAAUGAGCCAGCGCCAGAACCAGCGCCGCGGCCCCCGGCCCGACAUGGCCCCGGAGAUCGCCGCCGCCGUCGGUUUCGUCUCCAGCCUGUUGCGGACUCGGGGCUGUGUCAGCGAGCAGCAGCUGCAGGUCUUCAGCGGGGCGUUGCGGGAGGCCCUCGCAGAGCACUACAAGCACCACUGGUUUCCCGAGAAGCCCUUCAAAGGCUCCGGGUACCGCUGCAUCCGCAUCAACCACAAGAUGGACCCCAUCAUCAGCAAGGCAGCCAGCCAGAUCGGACUCAGCCUCCCGCAGCUCUACCAGCUCCUGCCCAGCGAGCUGACGCUCUGGGUGGACCCUUACGAGGUCUCCUAUCGCAUCGGGGAGGAUGGCUCCAUCUGUGUCUUGUACGAAGCAACUGCGAGCAAGGCUGCCGGCCCCAAAGCCGCCAGCUCCUGCGGGAUGCUCACCUGUAAGAACCAGCUGAUGCUGGGCCGCACCAGCCCCUCCAAGAACUACAUCAUGACUGUCUCCAGCUAAGCCCUCCCUCCUCCUCCUCCUCCUCCUCUCGUCCUUCACCCGCUGCCAAGACACAGCCUACUGUAAUACCUCACCUGAGGAUUUAUUUUUUAAGAUGAAGAGCUAUUUAUAUAUUUUUUAAGAAAACAGAAAACCAACCAGAAAACAGCCAGGAAAAGAACCCCAAGAAUUAAAAUGUUUGGGUGCUGCUGGGACCAGCGGCGGUGCCCCAGGUGCCUUUUUU